AAGCUCAGUAUUUAAGAUGUAUAAAUUAACAGAUGGAAAGCGAAGGAAUCUGUGCACACUGAGCUGUUUAUAGUUUGUGCGGCGCUAUUUUUUGUAAUACUAUUUCUGGUUUGAAGGGUUUUCGCCGCAUUAACGCAGGUUCGAGUCCCAGAGAAGCCGAUCUAGUGGCUUGCAUUGCCGAAAUGGCAGACGGGAGGCCAUCCUUGUUGGUGUUUAUACUUCUAGUCGUGCUUCAUCUCAUUGCAUUUGGCUUCGCCAUAGCUGCGGAGCGCAGAAGAAGCAUUGGACAUAAAGUUUCUUAUCCAGAUCAGCUCAAUGUCACCUACUGUACGUAUGACUCAGACAUUGCAACUGGUUUCGGAGUGGGGGCAUUUCUGUUUCUCUUCUUGGCUGAGGGUCUGAUCAUGGGUGUAACAAAAUGUAUGUGCUGUGGAGGUGCACUUACUCCAGGUGGAUCUCGCGCAUGGGCUAUCAUCUAUUUCCUCUCUUCAUGGUUAACGUUCCUCAUUGCGGAGGCAUGUCUUAUAGCUGGUGCAGUGAGAAAUGCCUACCACACAAAGUACAGGAAUAUGAUAUAUGCUGACAAACUUUCUUGUGAAACUUUGAGAAAAGGGGUAUUUGCAACUGGGUCAGCUUUCAUAAUUGUUACCAUGGCUCUUAGUUUGAUGUAUUACACAAAAUUUGCCAAAGCUAGAGAUGGUGUGCGUAAGCCAAUUCGUGGCCAAUCCAAUGUUGGAAUGACAAGCUUAUAAGCAAAACUACAGAUAUAAUUCAAAUUGAUCAUCCUAUUAUGGACACGGAGGUUUCUCAAUGUAUGAAAGCUGCAGUGUGCUCUCUAUGAUGAAGUGCAUAUAGCUUAGGGGAGGAAUCAAUCCUGCUGCAAUGCUGCCAUAUAGGUAUAUAUAUCUUGCAAAUUAGUAAUACGGACGUGCUUAAGAUUUGUAUCUCAAAGAACUUGCUUUAAAACCUUAUCUUGACUUUGGGUUUCAUGUAUUUUGCUGUCCUUAAUUGGCAAAUUUGAUUGGUGAUAUUGAUAUGUUAAACUGAUCAGUAGUUUUACGGACUCUCAUCUCCAUUGCAGAUCAAAUGUGAAGGUCACAAUUGUUUGCUUUC